GUUCAGCUCUAUGGAGCGCUGAAGCGUCGCGCGCACUUCGCAGAGUUGGAAAUGUGAAAGCAAGAAGCAAGGCUUUAUUUUCCCUCUCUCCCUUCUUCUCUGUCUCUCUUUUUUCUCUCUUUUCAUACACACAUAUACAUACACACCCCAUACAUUCACACAUACACACCCUCACUCACACACACGCACACACACACACAACAUAUACAUCGCCAAUUCAAGAAUUAAAACCGACAGAUAUGUAUUCUCCGCUAUGCCUAACACAGGAUGAAUUCCAUCCUUUCAUUGAAGCACUGCUGCCCCAUGUGAAAGCGUUUUCCUACACUUGGUUCAACUUGCAGGCCCGCAAGAGAAAAUACUUCAAGAAGCACGAGAAGCGCAUGUCUAAGGAAGAGGAGCGAGCUGUAAAGGACGAGCUGCUCAGCGAGAAGCCGGAGGUCAAGCAGAAGUGGGCAUCGCGGCUGCUGGCCAAACUCCGCAAGGACAUCCGGCCGGAGUUCCGCGAGGAUUUUGUGCUCACUGUCACCGGGAAGAAGCCCCCUUGCUGUGUGCUCUCCAACCCCGACCAGAAGGGCAAGAUAAGGAGAAUCGACUGCCUGCGUCAGGCGGACAAAGUGUGGCGCUUGGACCUGGUCAUGGUGAUUUUACUCAAAGGUAUUCCGCUUGAAAGUACUGACGGCGAAAGACUGGUUAAGUCUCAGCAGUGCUCGAAUCCAGGGCUGUGCGUGCAGCCGCAUCACAUAGGAGUUUCCGUAAAGGAGCUCGACCUGUACUUGGCCUACUUUGUGCAUGCAGGUAAGUCCCGUUUUGAAUUCACUAAAUCUGUUGAACGUAUGCAAAAUGUGAAACGCAAAUGAUCAUAAUGGAUUGCACUUCAAUUCUUUUAGGAUUUUACUGUUUACAAUCCAUCAGCAGUCAAUAAGGAAUCUGGGAAAUAUAGGAUAAG